CUUCCUUGUUGUGGCGACGGUUUCUUUUUGAAACCAUUUUGACGACCAUUUCAUGAUUCGUAAGUAUGGCGAGUAAUUGGACUGUUUGUGGUGUAUGCAAUUUCGUAAACAUCAACAAAGCAUCAAUAGUAUGGUGUUCAGAAUGUGACGAGGGACUUUGUGGCGAGUGUAGUGAACAACAUGGAGCCGUAAAAUCAUCUAGAAACCAUAGCGUUAUAUCUGUCACAGAGUACCAGAAAUUACCAUCCAAUGUAUUAGAAAUUGCAAAAACAUGUCAAAAACAUGAAAAACAAUAUCAAAUAUUCUGUAAGAAACAUGAUUGCCCGUGUUGUAGACGAUGUGUUAUAGAGACACACAAUGAGUGUAUAGAUUUGAUAGCAAUAGAUGACAUCGUCCAAAAUGUCAAGUCAUCGAGUGCAUUUUUCGAUGUAGAACAAACGCUGGUCCAAAUGUUGGAAAAUGUCCGAAGAAUUCGUAAUGACCGCACGGAAAAUUUAAAAUGUCUUUUGGAUCAAAGAGUAAAGAUUGAACGUGAUAUAAAACAAACCCGGAAAAUGAUCAACGACCACUUAGACAAAAUACAGGACAAAAUAAUUAAAGAAUUAUAUGCUAAUGAAGAAAAUGAAAGUAAGAGAAUAAAGCUGUUGUUGUGUGAGAUUGAAGGCAUUGAAAAGGGAAUUUCUGACCUCCAAGGUAACCAAAAUAACAUGAGGCAACAUGCAUCAGAACUUCAAACAUUUUUAGUAUUAAAGCACAUUGAAAAGGAGGUUUUUGAUAAAGCAGAAUGCAUUCAGUCUGUCCUUAAGAACGAGGACAUGAAGAUAAAAACACUGGCUUUGGAGGUUAACAAAGACGUACACAACAUUUACAUGGCUGAUUGUUUUGGGUCCGUUAGUGUUGAUUCAAAAUCGUGCAAAGUUGUUAUUGACAGUAACAAAAACAAAGAAGCUCAGAUGAUGAUACCUAGUUUAAUUUCCAAAUGCUUAGAUGAUAUCAAACUAAGCAACAAAAUGCAAAUUGAUUUGCAAUCUGCUGGAGGUGUUACAGGUUGCGCAAUUCUACCAAAUGGCAAGAUGAUGUUCUGUGAUUAUAAUAAUCGAAAUUUAAUUGCGUUGAAAAGCAACGGUAUGCAUGAGUUUAACAUUCGGCUAGAUAUUCGGGCAUUUGAUUUAACAUAUUUUGAAAGAGAAAAUUCCAUUGCCGUUACAAGUGGCUUUAAUUCAAAUGUUAUUCACAUUAUUGACCCUAACAGUAGAACAAUCAAGAGAACUAUACAAAGUAGUGUAAAUCCAUAUGGUAUAACACUGAAUAAAACUGUCCUGGUAUACUGUAAGUUAGGUAAAGGAAUAAUGGAAGUUCAACUGAAUGGUGAAUCAGAAAAGGCGCUUGUUAGCUUUAGUGUGUCACACUAUUCGUAUGUUGCAGUGCAUGGUGACAAUAUCUAUCAUACAAAUACAGACACCUGUUCUGUAACAUGCUAUGAUAUCCUUGGAAAUCUAAAAUGGGAAUUUAAGGAUACACAAAUUCUGCAAAGUCCACAGGGUAUAUCUGUAGACAACAAUGGAAACGUGUAUGUGGCCAGUAUGCAUAACAACAGCGUUGUCAUUAUUUCCCCUGAUGGAAAGUGUUGCAGAACAAUAUUGUCCUCUCGUGAUGGCCUUAGUAAUCCAUGUGCAUUGCAUUUCGAACCAACAAGUAACAAGUUGUUAGUUGCCAAUGAAUACAAGAUCGCAUUUCUAUUUGAUGUUUCCUAAAACAACUAUUGUGAAUUUUUAACUCUGAACCUAUUUGUUAUAUAUUUGUAUGUUACUAUAUUAUGUAUAUACAGAUAAUUAUAUCCAGAUUAGUAUGAACCGUCUGGAAUAUAUGUAAAUAGUUAAAUGAGGUAAAAAAGAUUUAAGGCCUUUCUCUUUUUAAUAAAAAGUUUUU